UCAAAUCACAUACAGCCUAUCUCUCUCGGCUUUCUGGACUAUCUUUUACUACUUUGGAAAAAAUGGAAAAUGUAUGUUCUUCUGUACCUCAUUCGGAAAAUGCCAAUGCUUUUGGAUAUUAGCUCUCGUUUAUCUCUUGUACAAGACAUCAACCAGAUCGAUGAGUUAAUCGCUUGUAUCCAGGAAUGCCUGCGAGGCAUCGAAACCAAAAGCCCAGAACGACUCCCAAAUACAUUCCAAACCUGCAUUAAACUUGGCGGUGAUCUACUACAGAGCAUUUUGGAGCGUGUUCACAGCAAGUUCAAGAUUUGUUUGUUAUAGGCAUAAGCUUACUGCUGUAACCAGAAAAGUUGUUAUUGAUGUAUUGAAAGGAGUAAGAAAAACACCUUGGUUGGGAGCCGGUGCUUCUGUAUUAGGAUAUAUACUUGACCAGAUUGAUCAGAUCAGCAGCAACAAGAGUGAAUAUAUAAAACUCCUCAAGUAUAUGUGCGAACUGCCCAAGCAUGUGAGGCAGUUGAAUGACAAUCUACCAGAAGAAAAGCAGAAGUUGAAUGACGUGGUUCAUUUCACAAAUGCAUUCUGACAAAAUUUAUCGGAUAUUUUCUUCUUCUGUGGAAGACAAGGAUUUGAAAACUAGGAUAUUUUCUUCUUCUGUGGACGCCAAGGAUUUGCAAAGUUAUCAAACAGGACUGGCCUGCAAGUACCAAGAUCUCAGUUUCGCAGCAAUAAUGGGUGUAGUGGAUCGGAUCCCUAAGGUUAUUCCCCCAUCACAGGGACAAUAUCCCAAUGCAGUAGACAUCGAAGAUGCACGAGAUGAAGUAAUUCGGCUUCUGAAGAUGGACGUUAAACCUUCAAGAACAGCCGUGGUUGUUUACGGUGCCGCCGGCGUCGGGAAGACAACCCUGGCUACUGCUGUGUACAGCAAGCUUGAUCUUACAUCUUAUAAAUUGUGCAGGAUCGAUAUGGAGGAAAGCUCUUCCGAGAAUCAUCUCAUGGUGCUGCAGCAGCAGAUUCUGCAUGAUUUGUUUAACGAACGACGUGCCUUAAGAUGCAGUGUUGAUGGUCAAGCGUAUUUGGGAAGGUUUUUUAAAAGAGUUACUCAGCCUGUGUUUAUGUUUAUCAAUAAUGCUUUGAAAGGAAGCGACCUAGAAAAACUUCUGCCGCGGGAUUUUGCUCAGCCUCCCAAAGCACACGAAGAUUCUUGUCACCACCGGAAGGUUGGACGAGACCAGCAUGUUGUUGCAACCAAGUAUUAUUGAACGCAAUGAAUACUGUGUAGGGUUUCUUUCUCCCGCGCAAUCAAAACAGCUUUUGUGCAAGACGGCUCUCGGAAACGCCGACCAGUCAUUCCCAGAAAGCUUUGAUAUCGACGGCCUUGUUGAAAAAUGCGGUGGUAUUCCUCUCAUAUUGGACUUAAUUGGAUCCAAAUUGAGAGAACACGUUGAGGACACGGCCACCUGUAAAGAAUUGGUCACAUCUCUCAAGAAAUCUUUAACAGAAGGAGAAGGAGAAAUGUGUGAACGUGUAGUGGAUGUUGUAUAUAACAGUUUCAAAGAGUCCAGUCAGAAAGAGGCGUUUCUGGACAUUGUUUUCUUUCUCAACAACUUGCCAUGGCGAAUUGUCUCUUAUGUUGUUGGAAUGGACAAUCUUGAAGCACUAGAGAAUGCGGGACUGGUACACUUGUGUCGUGAGGACAAGUUGAAACGAGAUACUGGAGUUCGACCAAAAUGGGUAGAGUUGGAGAAGUUUGUGAAAGAUGUGGACUAUCAGACAGGCACUGUGAAAGUUGUGGAUACAGUCAGAGCAAGAGGGAGGAAGCUGUCGAAUUCUGAUAGAAUACUGGAUGAUGUAAACUCCAUUUCCAAGGCCUUCGAAUGUAGGCAGAAACUAAAAGGGAUCUGGCUUUCGGACAAAGUUAAACUCAAUGUUGAGUCGGAGCGUUUUGCAUCCACAAUGAGUAGAUCGAGAAUUCUCCACUUUGGCCAGAAGGUUAAGGUCAACGGAGUGUGCAGAGAAAACUUUGAAAGUUUAAGGUAUCUGAAUGGCCAUGAUUUACCAGUGGAUGUUAAAAAUGCAAAGAAGCUGGCGUUCCUAGUUGGUAACGUUCCUUAUGGUGUUUCUCAGCUUCCUUCGUCAUUACGGCUUUUGGAACUACGUAGUAAUUCAGGUAUACGGGCUGGAUUGCUUGAAAGUGUCUGCAACUUGUCUUCACUGGAAGAGCUGAAUUUAAAAUUUUCCUCUCGCCGCCAGUUGAUGCUCCCUGCCACUUUUACUCAACUCCAAUGUUUACGAUUUUUAGAAUUAAAAUUAAACCUCGCCACAUUACCUGACAGCUUUGGCAACCUUACUGCUUUGGAAGGUUUAAGCCUAAAAUAUUGUACUAAACUUCAAAGCCUUCCUGAAAGCUUUUGUGAACUUAAAUGUUUACGUUUUCUAAGAAUAGAGGAGGGAAUUCUUACUGAAUUGCCAGAAAGGUUUGGAAAUUUAUCUGCUUUAGAAGAACUGCAUUUUUCUUGUUGUCACCUAGUUAACCUUCCAGCGAGCUUCGGUAAGCUUGAGUCACUGCGUAUUUUAGGGUUAUAUUGGUGUACAACAAUAUAACAUUUCCAGAAAACUUUGGUGAUUUAUUUGCUUUACAAGAACUGGUAUUGCUGAUGUGUCCCCUAGUAAGCCUUCCCAAUGGCUUCGGCAAGCUCAAGUCUUUGCGUAUUUUAUACUUGAUUUUUUGUGACGAAUUAAUUGCAUUGCCAGAAGACUUCGGCAGUCUAUCUUCUUUAGAAUAUUUGAAGUUACAAAGAUGUCCUGAGUUAGUGACUCUUCCUCAGUCCUUCGGUCAGCUAUGCCAUUUGAAACAGUUGUAUAUAUCUGGUCCAAACAAUAUGUUGAGUCUUCCUGAUUAGUUUGGACAGCUCAACUGUUUGGAAAGAUUGAGCCUCAUACAUUUCAGAUCACUGAAGAAACUUUGUCCUGAUUUUCAUUGCUUGACAUCAGUAGCAGCACUGGUAUUAGCAGGAUGCCCUAGAUUAGAGGAGAUGACAAUCGACUUACUAGUUCAGAUGAAGAACUUGAUGACAUUGAAUAUAACAAGAAGUCCCAGGCUGAUGAACCGGUGGCAACAAGUAAAGAGCCAGCACACAUUGAUAGUGUCGCAAAAGAAGAAGACCAUACUUGGCUGUGAGGAGGACGACACGUGUUGUUCAGAUUCAGUAGCUGAAUACGAAGAUGAUAAAUGGCUUAGAGAAAAUAUUAACACUGCAUUAUUCCAUUAUAAGAGUAGUUUCUUGCAUGUUGAUAUAGGUGGAAAAUUGGAAGAGUCGUCCCCCUCUUCCUUUCUGUCUUCUCAAGUAAAGCUUGCUCUGUUGCUCACAAAGUGCGAUCUCUCAUCUUCUUCAAAAAGCGAGGCCCUAGAAAUUGUGAAGAAUAAAUGUGCAGAACUUCAGUCCAAAGGCUUUCAGAUCAUGUACGUGCAGGUUGGGGAAUUAAGGGAGAAAAAUGAACAACUUGUUGAUCAAACUUUGCCACUCCUAUCUCCUGGCACUUAUGCCUGGAAACCUCCUGAUGAUAAAACGCGCCAAAUAUUUGCUUUUGCUGUUUACCAAUUGUUGAACAAAGGUAAAUAUGAAUUUUAUCCUUGGCAUGCUGCUCACACUCUGAUUGCAGGUACGAGCGUGUCUGCGGGCGAUGGCGGAGGGGAAAGGAAGGUGGAAGGAUGGGAGAUAAUAUUCCCUCAGGAAGCAGGGGUCAAUGAGUUUGAAGCAAUGAUAGAUUAUACCGGCAGCUUUUCUAGAUUAUUCAACUCAAUUCAGAACUCUUCCGUGUUGGAAAUAAUCCCAACUCCUCACCGCCUUUCCUGUCAUGUCUUAUGUCAUCCGUAUGCACAUUCGUAUCUGCAGCAUGACUAUUGAUAUCAAAUCUCAGCAAGAUUCAAAUUGAUUUCAAUCUCUUCUCCAAACUGUCACCUAUCCCAUCAAUUGGUCUCUCACGGUUUGUGGGUAGUUUUAUAAACAAUACCUAUUUUAUGUUUGUUGUUUCACCUCCAUAGAUUGUAGGUUUUCUAUAUAUUGUAUGGAUUUGUGCUUUGGAACUCAUUCUCUCAGUAGAACAGAGUUUAGCUCUGUAGAGCUGUACGAUAUGUCCGAAGCUGCAAGUUAGAAGUUGUAAGUUUAAACUAUGUUUGAAAGAGCUGAAGCUCGGAUGAUAAUCUUGUAAUAGUUUAUUCUGAUUAAUAUGAAAGUUAUUGUCUUU